AAGACCUGGGCUCCGGGAGCAAGCGUCUGUCUCUUUAAAUGCUAGGGGCUGCGCUCCCGCCCGGGGAGCCCGGAGCCGGAUCUACAAUCCCGUCCCUCCAGCUCCGGCGCUUGUUGCUCGCCGGGUCCGAGCCGGAGCUGCCGCCGCCGGGCAGCAAGGCUGCUUCCUUCUCCGCCUUCUCGCGCCCCACCUCCCCCGAGAGCAGGCUGAGGGGGAGCCGCAGCCCCAGCAGGAGGGAGGGCUGCGGUGUAAACAGGCAUUGCUCCCCACCUUCAAGUAUUGGGGCGCUACGUAGCCGCGGGGGCAAGACAUGCGUUGCUCCCCCCUGCCCAGCCUCGCUGCCACCGGCGCCUGGAGAGGAGCGAUUGCGGAUCCCACACCUGCAAACUCACCUUAGAAGUCUCAAGGUGCGGCGGGGGGCAGGGGGGGCCAAUUCCCAAUUCCCUAAGGCCUCCACCUCUCAGUGGGUGAGUUUUCGCAGGUGGUGUCCGCCCCUGUCCGGGGACCCGUGCCAAUGACCCUAGUGGUGGUUUCGCUUUCUCCCCUCUCGGCUGUGUGAACGUGUAUCCGCAGCGUGAUGGGUAACCAGGUGGAGAAACUGACCCACCUAAGUUAUAAGGAAGUUCCCACGGCCGACCCGACCGGCGUUGACCGGGACGACGGGCCCCGCAUCGGGGUCUCCUACAUCUUCUCCAACGACGACGAGGACGUGGAGCCGCAGCCGCCGCCCCAGGGGCCGGAUGGUGGCGGCGGCGACGGCUUGCCGGACGGCGGGGACGGGCCGCCACUGCCGCCGCCGCAGCCCUACGACCCGCGGCUGCACGAGGUGGAGUGUUCCGUGUUCUACCGCGACGAGUGCAUAUACCAGAAGAGCUUCGCGCCGGGCUCCGCGGCGCUGAGCACCUACACGCCCGAGAACCUGCUCAACAAGUGCAGGCCUGGCGACCUGGUGGAGUUUGUGUCGCAGGCGCAGUACCCGCACUGGGCUGUAUACGUGGGCAACUUCCAGGUGGUGCACUUGCACCGGCUGGAGGUGAGCAACAGCUUCCUGACGGACGCGAGCCAGGGCCGGCGCGGCCGCGUGGUGAACGACCUGUACCGCUACAAACCGCUGAGCCCGGGCGCCGUGGUGCGCAACGCGCUGGCACACGUGGGCGCCAAGGAGCGCGAGCUGAGCUGGCGCAACUCGGAGAGCUUCGCCGCCUGGUGCCGCUACGGCAAGCGCGAGUUCAAGAUUGGCGGCGAGCUGCGCAUCGGCAAACAGCCCUACCGGCUGCAGAUCCAGCUCUCGGCGCAGCGCAGCCACACGCUCGAGUUCCAGAGCCUGGAGGACCUGAUCAUGGAGAAGCGGCGCAACGACCAGAUCGGGCGCGCGGCGGUGCUGCAGGAGCUCGCCACGCACCUGCAUCCCGCCGAGCCGGACGAGGGCGACAGCUACUCGGCGCGGACUACGCCGCCUCCCGGGCGCCCCCCUGCGCCGGCCCGGGAGGAGGAGGCCCGCCAGGCGGCGGUGCACUGAGGGGCCCUCUGAGUGCGGAGUCUUGAGAGGGAGCUUUCGCAGCCGCCGCCGCCGCCGCCCCCUCCCUCCUCUCACUCCCUCCUCCAGCACCUUCCGGGCCCCAUCUGGGCUCCAGGGCCAUUUGGAAAAAAGGAGCGUUGGCGAAAUGGCGCAGCCAGCUGUGGCUUGAGCUUGUUAUUCUUGGACGGAGGAGGAAGAGGGAGCAGGUAGGAGCGCUUUGGCCGAGGGCGCUUCCUGCCCUCCCGUUGGAUCAGUCUUCCUUUCCGAGGUGGGCCAAAUGGUGGACUUGCUUGAUACUUAAUCCUUGCUGGCCCUGGGUCCAAAAUCGACCCUUUUACGCACUCGGGGGUGGAGGAAAGUUCAGAGUACCAGUGCCUGCCAUUGCGCCCUUCCUGCUUCCCCUCCUUCCCUGGGCUUGCGGGGUGCCCUGUACUGAGGCUUGAGAGGAUUUGUGGGGGCGCCCUGCCAGCACCGAGAGCCGCAGAUCUGCUACCCCCACCCGCGAGGGGUGUAUGUGGGAGUGUGGGCUAUGGGAAGCCGGGUGAUUUACUUUGGGGGAUUCCUGGAGUUUAAGGCUGGAGAGACCAGGCCCAGGUCUGGGAGCAGCAGACCACAACCAAGCAGCCCCCUGUGAAGUAUAAGAAAUAGUUGGGUAAACUUGGGCUACACAACAAAGACUUUGCUAUCGCCCCCUGCCCACCCCCACCGCCAAGUAAUUCAUCUUCUGGAGCUGACUUCUAGGAGAGUCUCCUGCUCUAGCCACCACUUCCCAGGUUCCGAGUAAAUCAUUGUCACAGGCCAGCUAGGGGAGGGAUUCAAUUAUGAUUCUGUCUUGCCGCCUUUGUUUCUAGCCUGCUUUUGUAGGCACUUGGAGCCGCGUUGUUAUCAAAGGAAGGAAGCCCUCUGUGUCUCUGAUCUAAUUAAAACUGCUUGGCUGUGUUCAUCUGCAGGUCACACGGGGUUCGCGGGUGCCACCCCCGCCAUAAAGUAUCCACUACAGAAGCAGUCAAGUGGGGUUGCCCUGGCAGAAAUUAGUUAAUUUCCCACUCAUCACCUAACCCCCUUCCUGAACGGUGAAGGCAACCUUUUGUAAACUGUAAGGCUUCGGUGGUGGACCUGGGAUUUUUUUUUUUUUUUUUUUUUUUUUUUUUUUGCCUCCUCACUGCCCCAUCCCCCUCACUCACUUUUGUUCUGCCGGUGAUAAAAUCUUAGGCUUGCGGUCUAUUCAUGAUAAGUUGUUUUGCUAGCCACACCUGAUGCAAUUUAAUCAAGAUGCAAAGUCUUGUUAUAUCGCAGCCGUGUCUUUGUUCCUUGGAGAACGCCCCCUCCCCCCUUUCAGUGCGAUUUUGCAAUUAAGAGGGGUGACAGCCAUCACAAAUUAAAUGCCACCCGGUGUAGUCAGCACCGAAUCUGGUAGACAGUCCUAGGGCACAGGUUGGUGGUUGUGAGAUGUGUCGGCAGCAGGCUGGCCUGUACUCUUGGGAUCUGCCGCUGAUCCUGUUUGCUGUACUGUGGGGCUUCUAGAAAUUUUUACAGCCCAUCUCUCGUAUUCACGUGAGCACUUGGAUGAUGUGUGCCCUCGAUUUCACAGUGUUGUUUUGCUGUAGAUUGGCACUGCUAACGCCGUCUCAAAAGUCGCAUGAAGUUUUCCUUUCUCUUGGGUGUCGUUUUAGAUGACACUGAACAAGUCCGUUUGUGAACAAAUUCUUAGAGUUGGAAUGGAAUCCUAUGUGAGUGUCGUAUAUUAAGCUGUGGCCAUCCUUGGGCCUUCUCCCUGGGGGUUUCUAACUCAUGCAACAAGACUUGAAGGAUUUCCUUGUAUACUUUUUUCAAACUUGGAAGUUGAUGCCAUAAUUUUUCAAAGCCUAGACCGUCGUAGCACCUCAGUAUGAAAUAAUUUAAUUUUAGGGGCAUUUGCUGUGUUCCCUGUUCUCACAAGGAUCACCAAGCAGGUUCUAUCCCUUUGCUACAGAGGAACCACACUCAGCCAUAGUCUGGGACUUUGGGGAGAUGUCAGUCACCUGUGGGAAAUGUAGAUCUAGUUUUCAUGUGUAGUUCUCAGCUUUGUGUUUAUAUUCUCUUGUUCAUGGAAAAGCCAAGCAAGGUAAAAGAUAUUUAGGAGAGCCUCACGUAUCUAACAGAUAAUGGGUUUUUGUUUUGUUUUGUUUUUAUGCUUAACAUGGUAGUUGAAAGACCAGUGUGCAGACAGCAAGAGUGGAGAAGAACAGAACAGCACUGUCUAGCAGCUCUGGGCUGGCUGGCUAGCCAGCUAGCUUUUCUGCUCCCCUAUCUCUGUGGGCCUCCUUUGCCCUCAGUUAGAAAGUGAAUGUCAUUGGUCCCACGGAGGUAGGUGCACCAGUGACUGUUGUUACAAAGGAACUGCUUUUUGUGGGAAGUCUCCACCUGAAGGAAGAACUCAGAAAAUCCGCACCAAUAGUAGUAGUCUGCCUCUAGACAAGAGGUUUUUGAAAAUGAACUAGAAGAGAAAAUCCAUCCACUCCAGAGACUUUUCCCAUGUCAUGCAAGCGUUUUUACUGGCUACCAGAGGUAUGAAGCAUGUAAUACGAAGAAUGAUUCCAUUGGAAGUUUUCUUAGGGCUCUGUGAGGCUCUAAAGCAACAACCAACCACUGCAGGCUCCAAGAAAGGAGCACCUGUCCACGCAGCUCUUUCCUCAAGGUGGCAGUGUUGUGGAUAAGUGAGUUUGCAAUGUCCAGGCUAUGGCUACAUCUGGCACUUUAAAAAUAUAUAUAUAUAUUUAAUAAUUUUUUGUUUCUCCUUGGGAAUAAGACUUUAGAACUAUUUUGUACUGUGAAUUAUGUAUGUUCUUUGAAAGAAGUAUUGAUUCUAACGUUCUUCAGAAGCUGUGGCAGGGAUAAGCGGAACCCCAGACUGGAACACAUACUAAAAGUAAUGAAAACAAAUUCUAUUUUCUUAUUUGAGCAAAUAUUUUAUUGAGACUGCUUAUGUAUGUCAAAGGAGCCCACAACGUCAGCUACACAACUUUUUGUAUCGAAAGAACUCUUGGUUUUUGUAGCUUUUAUUCCACAUGUAAUUUAAAAUGACUUUAUAGCACUAAAAUGCCUAUAGCAGAAGACUUGACACCAGACCUUUAAGGAAAUUUUUAGUUUUUAUGAAAAGUUACACAUCAGUGGUUCAACUUCUCGUGUCUUCGGUGCUUCUGGCCCUAAGAACACCACUAGACAACACAACAACCACAUGGAAACAUAUUUUUGGAAGCAAAACUUUAAUUUUAUACGACAUAUGCUAUGGAGAGUGAAGAAAAAUUACUGACUACUUGUUUUCUAUUUUUUUUCUUAACAAAAUGGAAUCCACUGUGUUGAAGACUCUUGAUAUCAUGUGAUUGUCUAACCAUUUUUUAAAAAAAUACGUUAGAAUAAAAUCUACGAUCAUGGUCAACAAAUGGUUUUGUUUGGAAAGUUACAUUUUAUUUGUGAAAAAAAAUUUUUUUUUAAAUCAUGGUAACUACAAACUUGACUGUUUAUUCAAAUUUUCACUAUGUUUUGUUAGCUAUAAUUCUUGUGAACCCUGGAGAAUUACAUUAACUAACACAGUAAAUUCUAUGUAUAUUUUAUUUCCUAGUGAAUUGUGUAAACUGUAUUUUUGUUGAAGAAUGUAUGUUAAAUCAAUGUUAUGUUCUCAUACCACUUCUUGAGAAGGAGGUUCUGAUUUGAAAUUGUAUCAUUUCCUUCAAAAUGAAGGGCAGUGUUUAGUUAAAUAAAAGAUUGAUGACAUCUUUUGAACCA